AUGAAUCAUCAGAAGGAUGAACCAAGACAACCUUUGGAAGACAACCUGAACUGCUUGGAUCUCAUCUCGGGUCUUCGCAAGCAAGACAGAGGUGGACAGUUGGUCGACAACAAGAAAAAGACAUCCUACGGUAUCGACUCACCCCUCGGUCUCAUUUCUUCUUUCGUGUUUGCGCCAGUCUAUCUGUAUGCGACAGUCAAAGGCAAGCACGCCUUUUGGGACCAAGCCCUCACAUCCUUGCCUGACAGCGCUUUCUACGGUCCCAGUCUGGAUAUGGGAUGCGGUAGAGGUCUUGUGCUUGUCAAAACAGCUACAAGAAAGCGACAACUGUUGGGCGGUGGACCGGCAACUGUCCAAGCUAGAAACUCUCUGAGUUAUGGUAUCGAUAUUUUCGACUCGGGUGAUCAGACAGGCAACAGUCCGGAAACACUUUACGCCAAUAUCAAAGCCAUGGGUCUCUUAGAUGAUGUGGUCGCUCAUGCUGCAAGCUUCACGGAUCCUCUGCCUUUCGCUGAAAACCACUUCUCUCUCGUAACAGCGAGUCUAUCUCUGCACAACGUUCCAUCGUCGGACAGAAAAGCUGCGAUUCGAGAGGCUUGUAGAGUCUGUAAGCCUGGGGGAGCGAUCAUCAUUCUGGAUCUGCUUGGCUACGUGGCAGAAUAUGAAGCUGAGAUGAAAAAACAGGGCUGGACAAGAGUUGAGAGAAGAUUUGCUGGUCUGGGUGUAGUCUUUGGCUCCUGGCCAACACAAGUACUACACGCCAUCAAACCUACCAUAUAG